AACAGCUGGAAGUUAUCUCUAUCAAGAUGUCUAAAAAACCUUAACUACAUGUUAUAUUUUGUGACAUCAUGUGUAGUAUUUCUCGUUGUUUAUGCUCCUGCAACAUUUUUACCGGACCUUAUGCAUGAAUUCGGUAGAAGUUCCAGUGAGGUGUAUAGCUGUGUGAUGACAAUGGGAGCCUGUGACUUGGUUGGUAGAUUGCUGUCUGGAUUUUUGGUGCACAAGAUGCCAAGUAAAUUGGCAUUAAUUCACAGUGCCGGCAUAAUGAUUCUAUGCAUGUCAUCGGGUCUAAUUGCAUUAUCAAAAUCUAUUGGAACGUUCGUUAUCGUGUCAGCAUUUCUUGGUUUAGGGUCAGGUUGUUAUGCUGGACUACAAUUCGUCAUGUCAGCUCAUUUACUUCCUAUAGUAGACGUUAGAUUCGGUUAUGGCCUUGUUUUGACUUUUGGGGGAUUGUCACUUGUAGCUGGGAUGCCUCUUGCAGGAUUUGUUAGCGAUCAUUUCAAGACAGAAAGGGGAGCAUUUAUUUUCUCAAGUAUUCUUUUCUUUAUUGGAUCUUUGCUUGAACUAAUAAUUGGAAUAAGGGAAAUAUGUGGACAGAAAUCAAGAAAGUCAUAUGCUAUGGAAUCUGUGGAAAAUACUGCAUACGUGGCAGAUGAAGAGCUUCAAGUUCAUAGUAAGAAAAGAGAUGAUGUUGUCGUUGUUGAUUCUUCAUAUAUUUGACUGUAUAAGAUUAUAUAGGCGAAAAACAAUA